GCGGGACUUCUUUCCUUGGAUAUCCUUAGUCUUAAAGUUCUACAAAGGGGUGGCAAACCUGAGGAAAAAGUUUAUGCAAAGAAAAUCCUGCCACUUGUUGAGAGACAUCAUCUUUUACUAGUGACCCUGCUUCUAGCCAAUGCUGCUUCAGUGGAAGCUAUGCCAAUAUUUAUGGAUAGAAUMUCUAACCCUAUCAUAGCAAUCUGUGUUUCUGUCACUGCUGUUUUGUUCUUUGGAGAAGUUGUUCCACAGGCUCUAUGUACUCGUUAUGGCCUGAAGAUUGGGGCAACUAUGGCACCGUUUGUGAAGUGUUUGAUGAUUCUUUUAUUUGUAAUUGCCUGGCCAAUAUCAAAACUGCUUGACUGUCUUCUUGGCCAUGAUCAUUCAACCUUUUUCAGACGAGCAGAGCUUAAAGAGUUGGUUGACCUUCACAAAGAAUCUGCUGAUGGAAAUGAAGACCCCUUACAAGAUGAUGAAGUUAUGAUUAUUCAG